AUGUCCGACCAAAUACCCUUUCAUAUUCAAGAGGAAAUCAUCAAAAGGCUUCCUGUCAAACCAUUGCUUCAGUUUAGAUCGGUCUCAAAAGCAUGGAAGUCUUUGAUCGACAGCUCCGAGUUUAUUGCUGCUCACAGUAGCCAUCACACUCAUCCGCAACAUCUACUUGUAAGGUAUCAAGAUCGGAUAAACUCUAAGAAACAAUAUGUUUCUUUUGUCGACGAUGACACUUUCCUGAAACAUAGGUUUGUUCUAACUCUUCCACUCUCCGUUCAAAUACUUGUUCUUCCAAGACACGUCGGUAGCUCUCACGGCUUGUUGUGUUUGUACGAUAGUUAUCUGGCUGUUGUAUGGAACCCUUCGAUUAGAAAAUCGAUUGCAGUUCAUGUGCCUAAUGAGAAGUGCGUGCACCACGAAACGGUUGUUGGUUUUGGUGUUUGUCCAGUCACUAUUGAUCCUAAGAUCAUCAAGAUUACACAAUUUAGUUCGUGGUACUGGAACGAAACGGAAAUGAACCACCCUUUGAAGGUUGAAGUUUUUAUACGAUGA